GCGUGUCGGGAGCGGAGGUCCCCGCUGGUCCCGGCCAUGCAUCCCUUGCGGCCCGACCGCCGUCGCUGGCUUCCCGACGAGGCCUCGUAACGCCCGAACCACGAACCCCGAACCCGCCGCCGGAUCGGCGUGAACGUGAACGAGUACCAUGCGCAUGUGUCGCCGCCAUCGCCGCCGAGCGUGCCCUGCCACCCCUCCCCACCCCCGCGCCCUCUGGAGGGGAACUGCAGUGAAAGUGAAAACAGUGCAGUGACGAUGAUGAUGACAGUUUCCCGAAAGGAUUACCCCCGCCAUGUGACAAGCUGACUCGCGCGCCUGAGCCAUGUCCACCUUCAGGAGCUACACACCAUGGAGCGCCCGCCGAGACAACUCCGCCGCCGCCAACAGCCCCAGCUCCAGCACCUCCACGUCGGCGUCGACGGCCAACCAGGCGCCGGCGUCCCGCAGCAGGCUCACGUCCUACCGGUCCUCCAGCAGCACGUCGGCCACGCCCUCCGUCGGCACCAGCGGGCCCCCGAGCGCGGCGUCCCCCGCGCUCACCUCGGUGCGCGAGCGGCUGGCCGCGGCCAGGGACAAGGAGCGCAAGGCCGAGGCCGAGGCGGCGACCGCGGCCGCGCGCUACGCCCCCAGGGCCACCACCCCGGCCGAACCGCCGACGCCUCGCUUCGGGUCCCGGGCGUCCCGCGAGCCCGAGGCCAAGGCCGCGGUCGGUAGCGCCACCGCUUCAAAGUAUGGCGGGUACACAAGAACGCCCUCGACCACGUCCAGUAGGAGCGCCGCGGCCGCGGCGUCGCCUGCCCUGGACAAGAAGGAGCCGCCGCCGCCGCCCACUCGCUACGCCGUCAAGGACGCGGGCGUCGCGGCGACAAGCAGGUUCGCCGACAAGAAGGACUCGGCGCUGAGCCCCCCUGCGACUGUGGGGCGCUUCGCAGCGUCCGCGUCCUCGGCCGAUAGUAAGAAAGAUGCGACUGCUACCCCGGCGACUAGCAGGUACUCCGACAAGAAGGAGUCGCCGUCGACCCGACUGGCCGCUCCGGCCUCAGCGGCCUCGGCCGCGACGACCAGCGAUGCCGGCGCCAAGAAGGAGGGCUCCGUGCUCAGCCGGUACAUGUCCGGCUACCGGCCCGGGGCGGCGACUCAGCCGAGAGGACGCAGCCCCGACCAGAAGACCAGCAGGUUCCUGCCCGACAAGAACAAAGACCGGGAUAGGAGCACGUCGUCGUCGACGUCGGGAUACUCGUCGUACAGGCCGACAAGCCUGUCCACCUACUCCAGUCCCAGGUCCUAUUCGAGCGGGCUCUCCAGCGGGCUCUCCAGCGGGCUCUCCAGCGGGUUCUCCAGCGGGCUCUCCAGUGGCGUGCGAUCGCCUGCCAGCACGAGCCAGAGCUCCCCCGCCAGCAGUGCGGCCACCACUCCAACCAGCGGUCCUCCGGGGUCAGCCGGCAACCUGCCGGGCGCGACGCCGGCCAAGCCCACCCUGGUGUUCGGCAAGCCCGAGCCCGCCGAGGCCGUGAUCGCGGCGUGGCGCGACGACUCGGCGCCGUGCAUCUUCUGGGUGACGAUGGUGACGCGCUCCACGUCGCCCACCGCGCCCUCGCCGUCGUACUACCUGCGCACGCGGCGCGCGGACCAGGCGCGGACCACGGAGCGCGAGAUGCGGCGCUCCAACAGCAGGCCGGAGCGCUGCGAGCGCACCUGCCAGACGGACGACAUGGAGACGCGGUGGUCGCGGCACGCCGGGCCGUGCGCGUUCAGCUCCUCCAGCUACACGGCCUCGGCGCAGGGCUCGACGGCGGCCUCGUCCGCGCGACUUGGCUACCGCGAGCCCACCGUCAUCACGCCCACCUCCUGCAAGAGCCCCGAGCCGCCCAAGCCCGCCAAGACUGAGCAGCAGGCGCCGCCGUCGCGGUCGCCGUCCAAGAAGGACGCGAGAGCGUCACCGGCACCGAGCCCGCCUAGCGGCCCGCCUAGCGGCCCGCCUACCCCGGGCAGGGCUGCCAACAGUGACGCAAGCCCCGCCGGCACCGCCAGCACCGCCACGACGGCGGCCUGCACCUCAGUGCCCGGCAAGUGUGUCGUCAAAGUCAUCGAGAGUGCCGCGGUGCGACAGAAGGUGGCGCCCCUCGCGCUCGCUUCCCUCGGCUCGCUCGCCGCGGGACAGAGUGGCGGCGCCGCCCCAGUGCAGGGAGGCAGCGCCUCGGACCUCCCCAGCCCCAGCCUGGUCAUCAAGAUCCCCAUCAAGGACUUCCGCAAGUCGGCGCUGAACGUGGCGCUGAGCGAGGACGAGGCGGCCGAGUACAAGAGGCACCGGGCCCGGCGCCCCAGCUCGUGA